AUGAAAGAAAUUCUUAGUCCAGUUAAAUUUAGUAAAUGGGCUAGUCCACUUGUAGUCGUGGUCAAAAAGAACGGUGACAUAAGACUUUGUGCAGAUUUUAAGGUUUCCCUUAACAAAGUGACUGAUAUGGAGCACUACCCUAUUCCAAACGUUGAUGAUAUGCUAGCAUCACUGGAAGGAGGUUCCGUGUUCUGUGUUCUCGAUCUAACUGGGGCCUUUCAGCAGUUAAAAAUAGCACCUGAGUCGCAAGAAUUUUGUACAGUUAACACUCAUCUAGGAUUGAUGCGCUACAAUAGGCUUACGUAUGGACUGAAGAGCGCACCAUGUAUUUUCCAAAAGACUAUGGAUGAAAUCCUGCGUGGUACUAAUGCCUUAUGUUACAUAGAUGAUGUUUUUGUGAAAGGAAAGUCUUUUGAAGAUUGUGCUGAAAAUCUAGAGCAUUACCUAGGACAUGUCAUUACAAGUUUUGGUAUAAAGCCAAGUCCGGGUAAGAUAGAAGCGAUACAAAAAGCACCUAUUCCUAAAAAUGUAACUCAAGUCAAGUCAUAUCUAGGACUGCUCAAUUAUUACAGGAAGUUCGUCCCAAUGCAGUCGUCCUUGUUAGCUCCACUUUAUAAGCUUACUUGUAGUGGAACAACUUUUGUCUUGGAGUCUUCUUGUCAAGAUGCGUUCAAUAAAAGUAAAGAAGCCCUAAGUAAAGAAACGCUUUUACAGCAUUACAACUCUUCACAACCCUUAAUACUAUCUUGCGAUGCCAGUAAGGAAGGUGUAGGAGCCGUAGUUAGUCAGAUAAAAGAAAACAAAGAGUGUCCUGUUGUUUUUGCUUCGGCAACAUUAAACUCAGCGGAGAAAAACUACUCUCAAGUAGAAAAAGAGGCACUUGCCAUCAUUUUUGGUGUACGUAAAUUUUACAAGUAUUUAGUUGGAAAAAAAUUUACCCUAUUCACGGACCAUCAGCCCUUGAAAGUCAUUUUUGAUGUAAGAAAAGGAGUUACAGUCACUGCAGCCAGUCGUCUUCAGCGAUGGGCUCUUUUAUUAUCAGCUUUUGACUAUGAGAUAAAGUAUAAAAAGGGUCGAGAAAUGUCAGGUCCGGAUGCUAUGUCACGUCUGCCAUUGAAAAAGAGCCGAACGCACGAAAUGACAGAGCAUCUUAUUAACGUGUUCAAGGAAGAUGAAUAUGUUCCCAUUUCAUAUGAAGACAUCGCCCAUCAUACGAGAAAAGAUGCCGUAUUAUGCAAAGUCAUCGAACUAGUUCAAAACGGUUGGCCGGACCAUAUUCAGGAUGAUGUUUCAAAACCUUUUUUUACUCGAAAAUAUUCGUUGUCAAUCGAACAAGUAUGUAUUUUAUACGGAAUACGGGUACUUGUUCCCACGUCUCUUCGUUCAGAUGUUCUACAGCUGUUACAUCAAGAGCACCCUGGAAUUGUUAAGAUGAAACUUCUUGCCAGAUCAAUUUGCUGGUGGCCCAAAAUCGAUCAGGAUAUAGAGGAAAUAUGCGCAGGAUGCGUUCCUUGUCAACAAAUUAGAGGAGACAAUACCCUGGAGAAGUCGUUUUUGGGUUGGCCAAAACUAGAAAAACCAUGGAUACGUCUUCACAUAGACUUUUUUUCAUUCAGCGGAAAAACGUUUUUAUUAUCUGUUGAUGCCACGUCUAAAUGGAUGGAUGUUUUUUAUAUGACGUCUACUACAGCAGAUGCGAUGAUUCUAAAACUUAGGCAGUUGUUUUCAACUUUUGGAUUACCUGAACAAUUAGUUUCCGAUAAUGGUCCUCCAUUUACGUCAGAUCGUUUUAUUCGUUUUUUAAAAAGCAAGGGAGUUGAUGUUAUGAAAAGUCCCCCAUAUUUUCCUCAAGCUAACGUAUUAGCCGAGAGAUUCGUUCAAGUAGUAAAAAAGUUUUUUAAAAAGAAAUUUAUCGAGGGAAAGCAAUAUUCACAAUAUGAAAUAGAAUCUAAUGUUUCUGAAUUUUUAUUUUCCUACAGAAAUUCACCAUCCCCUUCAACCAGAAUGUGUCCAGCAAACUACAUGUUCAAAAAUUCACCACGGACCGUUUUGCGUCAAAUUCAGCCAACAUUUGGUCAAAACAGUAACCCUGCAGCUAAGAAUUUAAACAGAACGGACAAGAAAUUUAUUUAUGCGGUGGGAGAGAAGAUAUGGUUGCGAAUUUUGAAAACUUGGGACAAAGCUACAGUACUUCAAUGCAUCAGCGGCAAUAGGUAUCUUGUGAAACAUGAAAACAACGUAAGGAUUGCUCAUCAACACCAAAUGCGCCCAUGUUUGGAAAAUCAACUAACUAACCAUCAACCACAACCUCAAAGAAUACGACACGUUAUCCUGUCACAAUACCUGAAGAAGAACUAA